CUAUUCCCGAAGGUGUCCGCUGCUGACUCUCUUGCCACAUUCAGCAGCCAUGUCUUUUCCAGAUCCUCAACCAAAGGCUCUCUUCUUCGAUGUCUUUGGGACAUGUGUCGACUGGCGUACUACUGUAACCGAUGCUCUCGAAAGUGCGUGUAAUCAGGCUUUGGCCAGAGCAUCUUCGUCUAUUACUCCCCAUAUCAGAUCCCGGGCGGAAGGCUUGACGAAGAGAUACUGGGGUGAUAUUGCUCAGGAAUGGCGGAACUCCUAUCUCAAGUUUACGCGAUCCAUAGCCAGUGACCCGAACAUCCCAUACAAGACUGUUGAUCAGCAUCAUCUGGACGCCCUGCGAGAGAUUUUGACCCAGCACGAGCUUCUUCUUCCGCGGCAAGGAGAUAUCUCUGGAGACGAUGGAUCUCUCUUUGACGAGCAAGAGCUCCAUACAUUGAGUAUGGUCUGGCACAAAUUGGCACCUUGGCCCGACACUGUACAGGGGCUACACCAGCUGAACAAGAAAUUCUCGACCAUCACACUGAGUAACGGCAACGUUUCCCUCUUGGAAGACAUGGUCCAGCAUGGCAGCAUGCCAUUCACUCACAUCUACUCUGCAGAGAUGUUCCAAUCCUACAAGCCCAGUCCCAAGGUCUAUCUAGGUGCAGCGAAGAAAAUGGGACUCCAGCCAGCAGAGUGUAUGAUGGUAGCUGCUCACCUGGACGAUUUGAAGCAUGCUAAGCAGAAUGGUUUUCGCACGCUGUAUGUAGAGAGGUCUCAAGAAGAAAGGCAUCCUGAGCUUCUCAAGGAGAACAUCCCAGACGUAGUAGUUCAGCUUGAUGAGGAAGGCUUCGUAGAGGCUGCUAGAAAGUUGGGGAUCGAAGUAUCUUAGCAUCGCAUCCUAUCCAUAUACCUAGAUAUCACCUAUCUACCUUACCUAUGCAAGCAAC